AUGUCACUGCCCCCAGAAGAAGCAUCGGUACGACUUGUAGGCGGAUCGACACCUUCGGAGGGCCGAGUUGAGAUUCUACAUGCUGGACGAUGGGGGACGAUCUGUGAUGAUUUAUGGGAUCUUGUAGAUGCCAACAUUGUCUGUAUGAGCCUUGGCUACGCCAGCUCUGUGGCGGCUCUACGCAAUGCUCCGUUUGGCGAAGGCACAGGUGACAUUCUUCUAGAUGGAGUAGAGUGUUACGGGAAUGAAUCCUCCAUUUUGGAUUGCCGUCACGGUGGUAUAGGGAUUCAAGACUGCCAUCACGACGAGGAUGCAGGGGUUCGAUGUUCCACUAGUGCAGUUCGUCUUGUGGGCGGAAAAUACCCAUGGGAGGGAAGAGUCGAAGUGUUCAACGCGGGUUCCUGGGGAACUGUGUGCAGGGACAACUGGGAUAUAGACGAUGCCAAUGUGGUCUGCAGAAGUCUAGGCCUAGGCGAGGCCAUCGAGAAAACAACCGUCGUGGACUACUACCAGGACUACCCAGAUGAUGCUGAGGUGGUUGAUGAUAUUUUCUUGGACGAAGUCCAGUGCAUUGGAAACGAAUCCAUCUUGCUAGACUGUCCACACUCUGCCUUAGGCGUUCACGACUGUAAUCAUACACAAGAUGCAACAGUGACAUGCAAUACUGGCGUUCGUCUAGUUGGCGGCAGCAACAGCCUUCAGGGUCGGGUUGAGGUGUUCUUCGACGGUGCCUGGGGUACGGUCUGCAGCCAUCACUGGGACAUCAAUGACGCUCACGUGGUCUGCAGGAGUCUCGGCCACACAUACGCCCUUAGCGCGUCGUCGUACGCGGAGUUCGGGCAAGGAACGGGCGACAUCGUCUUGGGUGGUCUCCAAUGCACCGGCGGCGAAACGAAUAUCUACGUCUGCAAAAACGACGACACGAAUUUCUUCAAAUGUUUUCAUCGAAUGGAUGCGGGUGUCACGUGUUCGCCUGACGAUUACGCGGUCUUUCUCGUCAACGGGAGCACCUAUCUGGAAGGCCGUGUGAAGGUGGCUUAUCAGGGUUACCUGGGAACUCUCUGCGGUACUUCCUGGGACCUGAACAACGCCAAUGUCAUCUGCAGAAGUCUCGGCUUCGGACACGCCGUCAGCGUCCAUGGCGCGGACGACUUCGGCCAGGGUAUCGGCGAGAUCAUCCUCGACGACAUCCACUGCGUCGGCAACGAGAGCACUAUCUUUAAUUGCUCUCAUAGCGGGCUCGGAGUUCAUGACUGUAAUCAUUCGCAAGACGUCGGAGUUACUUGCUAUGGAGAGGAUGUCUGUAUUACUGGACUAUGUGAGAGAAAGGAGACUCUUAACGGUAGGAAGAUAUGA